ACCGCCAACAGGAAAUGGCGGUUACUUCAAGUUGUUGUUUACGUCUCUCUGCGAGGAAGCAUUCAAACCCCACCUGGACACGCGUUUCCCGCGGACCACCGACGGCCGCGUCUCCAUCAGCUCGGCGGCAUACUUAAACACCGUUAGCGCCGCAGACCACGGCGUCGCCAUUUAUUUGCCACGGUUGGCGCCCCGCUCUCACCCCUGGCUUGUUCUUUUGCCUUCCCUUAACGUCUCGCUUCGCCAAGCUGCGGUUUUAAGCCCUCCGGGAUGCCGAUGGUGCUGCGGACUAGGCGAUCGCUUGUCCCCGAUGGGCCGAGCGCCGAGGUCGAGUUUCAGCCGACGCAGAGGAGGAGGAGGAGGUCGAACCGCCGGCAGCAGAGGCAGAAUUACGAGGAGGAGGCCGGGGAGACCGAGGAGUCCGUCCCGGAGGAGGUGAUGGAGAGAUACGAGGCCGAGCUGGAGGAGGAAGCUGCUGAGGAGGCAGAUCUAACGGAGCUGAAGGACUGCAGCGUCGUUCUGGACCGUCUCCAAGUGGACGAAGGAGCCCCCAGGAAGGAGCUCGAGGAGAAGGAAGACAUGAACCGCAAAGGUGGGAAACCCGUCUCCCGAAUCCCCACUUUCCAGAAGCGCCCCGGCGGUCCGACCGUCGAGCUCCCUGCUCCCAGGAGAGAAGCUCAACCCUCUGAGAGAGGCGGCGGUGGAGGCGCGGAGGGUUUCAAGCACAAACUCCCCGAGUCCAGAGAGGGGGCGCUGCCCCCGCCCUCGGUCCGGGUUCCCGCCGGCUGUUUCGUCACAGCCUCCGUCUCCGGCGGUGUGGAGCAAGCAGCCGCCGCUGCUGCAGCAGGUCACACCUCGGAGGUCCCUGCUCCCAGAAGCAAGAGUCAGUCAGAGCCUGCUGAGGGUCUCCUCAUGGUGGCCAGCCCCAGACCUCCCCUCAGACCAGAGCAGGACCCGAGCAGAACCCCCAGAACCGAAGCGGGCAGCACCCCGGACGGUCCGCCCAGUUCCCUGCCACAGGAGAGCUCCCUCAGCCAGAAGGCGGGCGAGGAACGCGCGGAGAUCGUCCUCGACGCCAGCGGAGACGGCGAGAGGACCGAAGAGCCGGCGGACGCUGCCGAGGUCGGCCGGGUGGAGGCCAUCAUGGACGAGGAGCCGCCCUGGGAGACGGAGGCGGUGGAGACGGCCGAGCUGAGGGCCAGCGCGUGUUCUUCUGACGCCGAGUGUGACGACGAUCUGCCGAGCGAAGCGUCUGAGGGCCACGAUUCACAGAGCGAUGGGGAAGAUGAGGAAUGGAUCCAGCAGGAAACAGAGCUUCCAGAACCUGGAGAGAACAAACCCGCGGUGGACGACUGCACCUCUUCUGUGGUGGAAGAAAAGUCAGCCAGAGAGAACCCCACCAAGGCCACUAAGAGGUCGACGCGCUCCGGCUCCUCUCUCCUCCUCCUCCUCCCGCUGCUGCUGCUGGGAGGGCUCGGUCUGCACGUGUGGCGCUACGGGCUCCCCACGUCUGCGGCUCAGCUCGCCGCUCAGCUGGAGCUGCAGCGGCUGGAGGGCCUCGCCUUCAUGCCAGAGCCCUGCGGCGGGGACUGCCGAGUGCAGCUGGUGGAGAGCGUCCCCGUGGGCCUGUACCCGUCCUCUCCGCCGUCCGGGCCCAGCGUCGCCGACGGCUGGCUGCGCCUGCUGGGCCGGGCCAACGCCUCCGUCCACAUCGCCGCUUUUUACUUCACGCUGCGGGACGGCGCCUCGUCCGACCCCCCGGACUCUCAGGGGAGAGAAGUCUUUGAGCAGCUGAAGCGACUGGAAGCCAAAGGCGUGAAGCUCCAGAUCGCUGUCAACGCCCCCCAGAGGUCGAGGCAGGACACGGCGGACCUGGCCGCCACAGGUGCGCAGGUCAGAGAGGUGGACCUGAACGCUGUGACCGGAGGCAUCGUUCACACCAAGCUGUGGGUGGUGGACCAGAAGCACUUCUACGUGGGCAGUGCCAACAUGGACUGGCGCUCCCUCAGCCAGGUGAAGGAAGUGGGUCUGACCGUGGAGGACUGCAGCUGCCUGGCCCAGGACGCCUUCCGGAUCUUUGGCGUGUACUGGACCGUAGGAGGAGGAGCGGCGGGCGGCUCCCUGCCGCCGUUUUGGCCCGCCCGCCUCUCCGCGCUGUCCAGCGCCGACAAACCUCUCCACCUGAAGUUUAAUGGGGUCCCGGCUCGGGUUUACCUGUCUGUGAGUGGGCGUUACACCCAGGAGCCACGUUUAGCUGGCCUUUCUCUCUCUGGUGUCUUUGUCCGUACUCAACGGCCAAUCUGUCUCUCCCCGCAGAGUGCGCCACCGCCCAUCUCAGCCCGCGGGCGCUCCGACGACCUGGCCACCAUCCUGUCCGUCAUCGACGACGCCCAGAGGUCCAUUCACAUCUCCGUCAUGGACUACCUCCCCAUGUCCCAGUAUACCAAGCCAGAACGGUUCUGGCCUGCCAUAGACUCCAGGCUGCGCGCCGCCGCCUGCACCAGAGGGGUGGAGGUGAGGCUGAUGGUGAGCUGCUGGGAGCACUCGCCGGCCUCCAUGUUCCCCUUCCUGCAGUCCCUGCUGGUGCUCCGCAGGCCUCCGCUCAAGUGCAACAUUGACGUGAAAGUCUUCACGGUGCCGUCCACGGCCGAGCAGCAGGAGAUCCCCUUCGCACGCGUCAACCACGCUAAAUACAUGGUGACGGACAGAGUGCUCUAUAUAGGGACAUCCAACUGGUCGGAGAACUACUUCACGCACACGGCCGGCGUGGGCUUGGUGGUGAACCAGACGGGCUCGGCGGUGGAGGAGGGCCAGCGGACCCUGCAGAGCCAAGCGGAGGAGCUCUUCCUCAGGGACUGGACCUCCGACUACGCCAGCGCGCUGCCGUUGGACGAGGAGGACGUGUGUCCUUCAGCGAAGCGUGAGCCGUUCUAGACGAGCGUCCUGCCUUCUCCUGCCACUUGAACUGUCCUCUGGAUAUGCUGCCUCUCGUUUUAUUGCCUCUUCUGUAUAUAUUUGCAUUUCCUCAUACUGUCUUAACUAGUUCAACUAGUCACGUUUGAUACUUGGUUCCUCUCUCGGGUCGAGGUGCUGCUUGGCACCAUUAACGCCCGCAGGUUUAGCUGUAAAUGUUCCCCGUAGCCGGCGGUGCCAAGCGGAAACCAGCUCACGCUGGAAGUCGCGUUUCCAAAGAGGUGCAUUCACCGAAGCAUUGUUUACACUGCAGCAGCUGUCAACUCUAAUGGAUGUAUUGCUCUUUUUUUUUUUAUAAAGAAAUGUGUGGUUUUUAUGUUUGAACCAAUGAUUGAGUCAAAGACAAGCCCAGACUGAAAGGUGCACUACUUGAAAACCAGAUGAGGUGUUGGCCUUGGAUGUCAGUCAGUCAGCGGCGCUUCAUUGUGUUGCUCAUCGCUGCGCCCGUUUCCUCCAUCAGCACGCUGGCAGGAGUCGACUGCAGGCCUGACAUCCUCUUCCUGUCAUCUGGCUGGAACAGCCGGUCGCUGGCAAACAGGCCGGUUGAAUGUUUCCUUGAAAAAUAAACUUCCCCAACAAAUAAA